GCUCCUAGGAGCCACUUUACUACGGUACUGAGUCCCGAUGCUCAACAAAAAAUUUGUGCAGCAAUUCAUCAGCCUGGACUGCAUUGCUCACGGAAUCGCCGGGGUUAUUCCAGAUCCUUCGACUCGACUGAGGGCUCGCUGGCUCCCGCAGGAGUUAAUCGGUGUUGAAAGACCACCUGCAGUGCUGCACCAUGGCAUAGUUAGGGGGGCGGGACUGGGUGCUGGAGGUGGAGGUGGAGAAGAGGACCGGUAUAAUCAGAGCAUCUCCGCUGGCCACGCCAGGACCCGCAUAGCAUAGGCUCCGCGCGCACGAGCACGAGCACGAGCGCCGCUAUCAAGUGUCAGGAGAGCGUUCCAGCCUUUAGUGCGCGUUCAUGAGCUCCCUGGUCGUGCUGGCGGCCUCGGCCGCUUUACUGCUCAUUCCGGCCGGUUCUACAGCCUUCGCCUCGCAGCUCAAUUACAGACCCGUCAUCGGGGUUCCCGCACAGGAGAACAUCCCCGGGGACUCCCACGCGCAGGGCUUCUCCUACAUCGCGGCCUCCUACGUGAAGUACCUGGAGGCAGCGGGUGCCCGGGUCGUGCCCAUCAGAAUAAACCGCACUUACGAAGAGUACGUCAAGAUUUUCAACUCCAUAAACGGGUUGCUGCUUCCGGGGGGAGAUGUUGAUCUGCAGAAAUCCGAGUUCAGCAGAGUGUCAAAGAUAUUCUAUGAUCUAGCAAUAAAGGCGAAUGAUGCAUUGGAUUACUUCCCGAUAUGGGGCACCUGUCAGGGCUUCCAGCAGCUCACUGUGCUGACCAGUGGCAAAAACCUCCUGACGCUGACGGACACGAAGGCGGUAGCUCUGCCGCUUGCCUUCGUUCCAGCUGCACAGAACAGCAGACUAUUUAAGAACUUCCCAAAGGACCUGCUGCAGUCUCUGUCGGAGGAGAAUAUCACAUCUAACUUCCACAGCUGGAGUCUCUCAGUGCAGAAUUAUAGCCGGAAUGCAAAAUUAAAGAGGUUUUAUAAGGUCCUGUCAACAAACACGGAUGGGAGAAGGGAGUUUAUUUCCACAAUGGAAGCUUACCGCUACCCGUUCUACGCUGUUCAGUGGCAUCCUGAGAAGAGUCCGUUUGAGUGGAUAGACAAGCCCGGCAUGACACACACUCCUUCGGCCAUCAAAGCUUCCUUCUACACUGCCAUCUUCUUUGUCUCCGAGGCCAUGAAAAAUCAGCACCAGUUCCCCAACAUCAGCGAGGAGGAAAAGGCUCUUAUCUACAACUUCGCUCCAGUCUACAAGGGCCUCGGCAGCAUAUUUGUGCAGAAUUACUAUUUUGAUUAGUAAGUCAUGCAUAACCUGCAUGUAAUAACUCCGGGUGAAAAACCAAGCAGUGUAAGGCUGGCUUUAACCUCAGCAUACAAACAGUUGAUAAGUGAAGCCACUGUUCAAAAUUUAAUUACAUCUCGUUUAAGUCACUGAUGCCGUUCUUAAUUGCCUCAAUUGUUUAAAGCUCUUACUGGAACCAUCUUCUUGUAAAAUAUGUUUUUU